UUUGUGUCCUCUGCGGGUGAGAUGACAAUCCACUGUAUUUUAUCCCGAUAAAAAUAAUGGCGGUAACAACAGUGAAAUAAUUUUUCGACUGCAUGAAGAACAGGCUUUUUGGCGAGCUGAAAUGGCAAAUUCUUUGUAUUUAGAGCAUUACCUAGAAAGCAUUGAAAGUCUACCAUACGAUUUACAGCGUAACUUUUCAUUGCAAAGAGAUUUGGAUCAGAGAGCUCAUGAUCUCUUGGAUGAUAUAGAUAAAUUAUGUGAGGAGUAUAUUUCAAAGGUUCGAGACUUACCUCCAAUUGAAAGAAAAGAUUUUUUCUCAAAAAUUGAAAAUGCAUUUCAAAAAAGUCGAGAAUAUGGUGAUGAUAAAGUCCAGUUAGCUGUGCAAACAUACGAAAUGGUUGACAAACAUAUAAGAAGAUUAGACUCUGACUUGUCAAGAUUUGAGGACGAAUUAAAACAACAACGACAACAACAAGGCUGUGAAGAAGGUUCCAGUGAAAAAGGGCGAAAGAGGAAAUCAGAUAAAACUGAGACUGUUAAGAAGAAAAAGAAAGGGAAGAAAGGAGAAGAUUCAGAUGAACCAACAGGCAUGAUGUCGUCAUUAAGUACAUCAGCGACCCCGCUUAUCACUAUGGCAACGGACAUGAAUGUACUUGAUAUGCCAGUCGAUCCGAAUGAACCAACAUAUUGUCUUUGCCAUCAGGUUUCAUACGGGGAAAUGAUUGGCUGCGACAACAGUGACUGUUUAAUUGAAUGGUUUCACUUCGGAUGUGUGGGAUUAACAACGAAGCCCAAAGGGAAAUGGUUUUGUCCAAAAUGUUCUGCUGAGAGAAAAAAACGGUAAUGGUGUUGAUGAGGACGCGUCAAAGUUGGUGUCAGUUCAAGUGAACAUUCCGAGGAAAAAUGGAAAACGAUCAUUCUACCUUAAGCAAGAGAAAAGUGUUUCCAUUUUCUGACAAUACCAUACUUGUCGUGCAUAAUCUAACCCGUAUUGUACAAAAAUAUAAUAUCUGUAAAUAAAAAUCUGUAAAAUAUGUGUAUUUUGUUUAAUUUUAAGUAAGAAAAAAAGGUCGUAGAUGCAA